UUCGUGUGGGCUCACGAGAGCUCCAAGUUUGAAAUUCUAAAAUUCUCGUUUCUCCCUCCGAUGGCACCCCUUUUUAAGUCCAAAAUCCUCUCUUUCAAGAGAAAGGCCAAAAAUGGCGGGAGGCAGCAUCUCUUCUUCUCACUCACCCCUUUCAAUCGGGAAUUGCAAGGUUGAGAUUCUCGGCAAGGACAUCUACUACGAAUCGAGCCCAAACCAACUCCUCAUCUCAGUCUCUGAUGCCGCAAAGAUCAAAAUCUCACUGGAUGCCUCAAUUAAAUAUACGUUUCAGAAAUCAUGCAGUGAUUGUUUGUUAAAACUUAGAUCAGAAGACGGAGGAGGGAGGGAUUCCCCUUUUGUGGAUUGUUCAUUUGUUCUUGUGAACCCGAAAGACAUCGAUAGUCGUAGCAAGUCACUACUGCAGGAUGUAUUGAAGCUGUACAUGAAGGAGCUGCCUGCAAUGAAUUAUGCUGCAAAUACUGGAAAGGAAUCGUUGUUCCUUGAAAGAUGCGUUUCAAAUGGGAAAUAUCGGACAUUGGUUUUGAAAAGAAAUGGCAUCAAAGGAUAUAAGGAGGUCAUAGCUGCAGUGUCAUAUCAAAUAAUCCCUGCUGAUACCCAAUAUGCUGAAAUUCCUGUUGCUGCUGUCAGUUCAAGCUACCAAGACCAGGGGAUUGGUCGCUUCUUGUACAUGGAAUUGAGAAAGAGACUUCAGAAUGUUGGUGUUUUAACACUCUUCUGCUGGGGAGAUAAGGAAUCUGAAGGAUUUUGGGUUAAGCAGGGCUUUGUAUCAAUAGCAGAGGUGGAUAGCAAAGGUAGAGUGCGCAAGCUACCAAUUAAAGCUGACAUCCGGAGGGCAUUAUGCUUUCCUGGGGGUUCCACCCUUAUGGUUUCUCAUCUAAACAAGGAUCAUGCUGUUCCAGCCAUCCCUCCAAAAACUGCCAAAUUGUGCUCCCCUGUACAGCCUCAUGCCAAGUCACCUUCAUUAAUUCCUGACAGAACUCCAGAGCUCAUGAAAACAAGUGAAUAUUAUGUUGUAGUGACAAGCAAGGAAGGUGCACUGAAUCCAAUUACUAACCAAAUUGAAAAUUCUCAGCCCCAAGGAAUACAGGAAGAUGGAAGCUUGGCGGGGGAACAAAAAGUCAAUAGUUUUUCCUCUAGCCCUGAUAGAACAGAGGGCUGCACAGAUGUGGUUCCAUUGAAUGGUGUGGAUAACCGUCAUGUUGCCAUUGAUUUGGAGGUAGCAGAAAACAGAUGUGAUGCUGAAGCAACACGCUGUACCUGUUCUCGACAAAGUGCAAAACGGAGAAUUUGGAAAGCUUCUUGCUCUUCAUUAAAGUCAAAGAAGGUCAAGGGUGGUCAUCAUAGCGACUGCCAUCUGGAAUCCAGUUGGGAUCUCACUAACAAAAAUGUUCAUGCUGAAGAAAAUAGAGCAGCAAAGAUUAACUCAACCGAAGAUCAUCCCAGUGAGGAACUGUCCUUAAAAGGAGAACGUCCAGUUAUCAUGUUGAUGAAUAUUGCUGAUGACACUAAGAAGACGUGGCUUACAAAGGUUAUAUCCUGGCAUUGUUUAUUUUAUGACUUUAGAGUAGAUCUUCUACAAGGGGUAGGUGCGGUUGAUCAAGGGCAAUCACCAGAUACAAGUAUUGUUGGGAAUGCAACAAGCCCUAACACGACUUGUUGGGCGUGGAAGAAACCUCAAACAGAAUCAAACAAUGAAAUAGAGAACGUCAUUCUAACAUGGGAGUCAUUGCAAAUAUCCAGAGCGUGGAUCAUCUCACCAAAUUGGUUAAAAGUAAGCUUCAGGGAAGGCAAAUUUGUAGGUGAACUGCCAUUUAUUUUAAAAGAUGAAGAUUACAUGUUGAGAUAUAGGUCAGAGUUGAAAGAUGCUGUCCUUAAAGCAAGAGCUAGCCCCUGUGCUUUGUUCAAAGGAUAUGAUGUCUGCCUUGCCAUGCAUAUCCAACCACCUGUCCGCAUCCUAUCAGCCGUUGUCAAGUCUGCUGGUGGAAAUGUUCUUCGUGGGCUGCAUGAAGUGAAGGAGCCAUUGAAAACAAUCUUUGUGGCAUGCGAAGAAGAUAUGGAUGAGGCAUUGGUAGCUGCAAAGAGAGGAGUAUGGACUUUCAGUAGUGACUGGUUAAUGAGCUGUGUUAUGAGGCAAGUGCUUGAUUUUGAGGCCCCUCAGUUUUCAGAGUCCCUCUAAGACAAGCCUUGUUAAUGCUAGGAAAUGAAUGCAUGCAUGUAUAUGUGUUUGUUGUUAUCUAGAUGGCUAUUUUUUAUAACCCAACAGUAUAAGCUUCAACUUGUAGAGUUCUGUAAUUGCAUAGCAACAAAACAUCGUCAUCAUCAGAGUCUUGGCAUGUGUGGAGCCGCAUUAGCUUCACUGUAAAUAUUCUUGGUCCUCCAUUUUACAUAAGCUGAUCAGGAGAAUCUUGGCAUUCUAAUGUAAAGUCCUCUCAAUUGCCAAUUU